GUGCACGCUUCAUCCGCUGUUAUCCCUUUCCCCCUCCCGCGCGUGAUUUCCAUGGGAACGUCGUCACGCAUAAGGAAGCGAAGCGGUUUAGUUGACAGUAAGCUUGUUCACUAUGGCUGCGAAGGUAUUCUUAACGAGGAGAGCUGACCCCACUGAGCUGAAAGACAUUUUCUUGAAGUACGCAAGCGUUAAGAAGAACGAUGAGCACUUCAUGUCACCGGAGGACUUCGUGUCACGGUUCCUCCACGCGCACACGGACGUCCGGUUGUCUGACGAGGCCGUGACUCUUCUAGCAGGGGUGGUGGAUCAGAAGAAGGAUGGGCUCAUCUCCUUCCAGGAGUUUGUUGCGUUUGAGGCGGUGCUGUGCGCUCCAGACGCUCUCUUCAUGGUCGCCUUCCUGCUCUUCGACAAGACGGGACACGGGAUGACCACCUAUGAGGAUGUGAAGCAGGUGUUUGGCCAGACCACCAUCCACCAGCACAUCCCUUUCAGCUGGGACUGUGAGUUCAUGAGGCUGCACUUUGGCUCCGAGCGGAACAGACACCUCAGCUACGGGGAGUUCACCCAGUUCCUCCUGGAAAUGCAGCUGGAGCACGCCCGGCAGGCGUUCGUCCAGAGCGACCGGACACACAACGGGACCAUCUCUGCUCUGGACUUCAGGGACGUCAUGGUCACCAUCCGUCCUCACAUGCUCACACCCUUCGUAGAGCAGUGUCUGGUGGCGGUUGCCGGGGGCAGUACAUCUCACCAGGUCAGCUUCGCAUACUUUAAUGGCUUCAACUCUCUGCUCAACAACAUGGAGCUCAUUAGGAAGAUCUACACCACACUGGCGGGAAACCGCAAAGACGUGGAAGUCACUAAAGAGGAGUUCAUCAUGGCGGCUCAGAGGUUCGGUCAGGUCACUCCCAUGGAGGUGGACAUCCUGUUCCAGCUGGCCGACCUGUCUGAGCCCAGGGGUCGUGUGGGUCUGGUCGACAUAAAGAAGAUCGCUCCGCUGCAGGAAGGAGCCCUUCCCUUCCACCUGGCAGAGGUCCAGAGGCAGCAGUCAGGAGGGGGCUCUUCUCGUACGGUUCUGGUACAGGUGGCUGAGUCGGCCUACAGGUUCACCCUGGGCUCAGUGGCAGGAGCCGUGGGAGCUACAGCAGUCUACCCCAUCGACCUGGUGAAGACUCGCAUGCAGAACCAGCGCACCACCGGCUCUCUGGUGGGAGAGCUCAUGUACAAGAACAGCAUCGACUGCUUCAGGAAGGUGGUGCGCUACGAAGGAGUGUUCGGCCUCUACCGAGGCCUGGUACCACAGCUACUGGGCGUCGCCCCGGAGAAGGCCAUAAAGCUGACAGUGAAUGACUUCGUCAGAGGGAAGGCCAGGCAGAAGGAUGGAAGUGUUCCUCUUCCUGCUGAGAUACUAUCUGGAGCAUGUGCGGGAGGAUCCCAGGUGAUCUUCACCAACCCUCUGGAGAUCGUGAAGAUCCGUCUGCAAGUAGCAGGAGAGAUCACCACUGGCCCUCGUGUCAGCGCCCUGUCUGUCAUCAGAGACCUGGGCUUCCUGGGUCUCUAUAAGGGAGCCAAGGCCUGCUUCCUGCGGGACAUCCCCUUCUCUGCCAUCUACUUCCCCUGCUAUGCUCACCUCAAGGCUGGCAUGAGCGACGAGGACGGCAGGAUAGGGCCUGGGAAGAUGCUACUGGCUGGGGCGCUGGCAGGCAUGCCUGCCGCCUCCCUGGUCACCCCGGCUGAUGUCAUCAAGACCAGGUUGCAGGUGGCCGCGCGCGCAGGCCAGACCACCUACCACGGCCUGGUGGACUGCUUCUGGAAGAUUCUGAGGGAGGAGGGGCCACGGGCCUUCUGGAAGGGAGCCGGAGCUCGAGUGUUCCGCUCCUCUCCACAGUUCGGCGUUACCUUGGUGACCUACGAGCUGCUGCAGAGGUGGUUUUAUGUGGACUUCGGCGGAACAAAGCCCUCUGGCUCGGAGCCGACUCCCAGGUCUCGGAUCAGCCUGCCGGCGCCCAACCCAGACCACAUCGGAGGGUUCAAGCUGGCUGUGGCCACGUUCGCUGGCAUCGAGAGCAAAUUUGGACUCCACCUCCCCCGAUACCGGGUGCAGGCAGAAGCCCCAACCUCUCCCACCUCCCCCUCUCCCCCCUGAAUCUCCCCCUCUCCCCUCUGAACAACCACCCCCUAAACCUCCCCCAGUCUCCCCCCUGAAUCUC